UCUUUACAUUCGUUGAAACUGUGCUAGAAACCGUGCAGCGUUGUUCUCGCUCCUGCUGGUUCAACGUACGAAAGAUAAUUUAAGGAAUUUGUGUGUUUGCAAAUCCGACGGGAUUCGACGGCUGGAAAAUUUCUGUUGCCUUCGGACGCCACGAAAUUUGAAUCAACGGUGAAUUUUUUUGUCUUAUUUUUGACGCGACUCGAGCUUCGGUCGAAAACUUGUACGUUCUUUUGUUCGGGCGAGUGUCAGACGAUCGAAUUCCGCUCGGAGUGUUGUUCACCGUUGCGUGCGACGCUCACUAGCUUCUUUUUUCUCCCGUUUAUUUCCAAGUUUUUGGGCACAUCCGGAGAGCCGCCAAAUCGCGUACGCGGUGUGUACGGAAGACGAGCGACACUGCAGCCGCAAAAAUCUCGAAUUAAGCGGGUUUCGUUCGAACGAGAGUUCGAACAAGUGGGCAAAACGAGCGGGAGCGGCCUUUACUCGGAUCUCAACUUUUCCGACCUCAAUUUCCGGUAAAACCCCCCGAGAUGGCCGAUAUGUGGAACGAAUGGGACUAUUCCAGCUCGAACGGUCCCAGCACGUGGGUGGAGAGAUUCCCAAUGGCGGCGGGUUCGCGGCAGAGCCCGGUGAACAUCGAGACCGACCGUGCAGAAUCCGAUCACGAGGCACUAAGUAGCAAACCCCUGCGCUGGAAAUAUCCGGCUACUGCGUCCCGGAAGCUCGUUAAUCCGGGAUACUGCUGGCGAGUUGAUUGCGACGGAGAUGGAACACUGUUGAGCGGUGGCCCAUUGAUGGAUGAUAUUUACAAACUGGAGCAAUACCAUUGCCACUGGGGAUGCAGCGAUUCGCGAGGUUCGGAGCACACCGUGGACGGACAAGCGUUUGCAGGCGAGUUACACCUCGUGCACUGGAAUACGAGCAAGUACAGGACCUUCGCCGAGGCAGCCAAAGCGCCGGACGGUUUGGCCGUUCUCGGAGUUUUCCUCAAGGUGGGAAAAACACACGAGGAAAUGGACAAAAUUGCUCGUAUGUUGCCAUACGUCUCGCACAAGGAUGAAAUUGUCGAGGUCAUGGAACCCAUUGAUCCCAGCAAAUUACUUCCUGUACGAGGCGGACGUGUAGGGGCGCACAAAUGCAUUAAUCCGUGCAUGCGCUGGGCCGACCGAAUCAUACGACAAGAGAACAAGUGUGGUUUCCAAGACGACAAUGGUUACUGGACUUAUCUUGGCUCGCUGACGACUCCGCCAUGCAACGAGAGUGUGACAUGGGUCUUGUUCAAAAAGUACAUCGAAGUCUCCCAUCAUCAGCUCAACAUAUUUCGUAACUUGAGAAAGUUUCCGCGUGGCGACGAGUGCCCGUGCCAUGACAACCACGGAGCGGUGAUCAACAACUUCCGUCCGCCUUUGCCAUUGGGAAAUCGCGUUCUCCGCGAGUACGGAAGUCUGUGAAAAAAAUGUUACAAGGCUGUCCGAAGACUUCGACGUGACGUUCACGUGGAAGCCGCGAGAAGAACGAUGCAAGCGAAACAACAAUAAUUCUGCGACUCACGUGCCCACAAUUUUCCAACAUAACGGCUAUUUCGGGGGAGUUUUCUAAACCCGGAAGAGAGAAAGGAGAGAGAAAAAAAAAUAUCGAAUGACAACGAAUAGCGAUAUGAGCAGGCAAAUAAUAUUUUUUACAGAAUCUCCGAGUUUUCUGUCUUUUUUUUUUCAAGAGACUUGAAAUAUUCGUUCAACUGAUUUUCUGGUGGAAUGGACAUUUUUAAUUGACCAAUUAAAAUAGCCUCCAUUUUUCUCCGAAACAAAAAAUUCUUUAGGCGUAAAAAACAUUUAUUUUAUUCCUCAAACAUUUUCACACUUAUCCUUCCACGUGCUCUUGAUGAAGAAAAGUUUCAAGUAUAAUAACGUUGCGUGUACUAUCCGAGUGCGUGUGUGCGCGCGUGUGUGUGCGUAUUGUUAGUCAGUGUCAAAUUUCAAUGUACGAGAUUGCGCGCACUGUAAAGAGCAAUUAUACAAAUCCUUAAGGGAUUAAUCCACUCACGUUAUGCCUUCGAACCGUGCCUAAUGUGCUUUUGACUCAAAACAUGGUUAACAGUUACUAAAAAAAAAAAAUCAAAGUCAUCAAAAAAUAAAAACUUUGUGCUGCAUGUCGAUGUAGUUUUACGUCCACACAAUUACGUCGAGGUUAAAUAGAAAUUUCAAAAAAACCAACACCUCCCGAAUCCUCGAGUCAUACCUAUCAAUAAAAUAACAUUUUUCGCAUAAAAAUAUUAUUACAGAGAGAAUUGACAGGAGAACGAAACACCCGAAAAAUAAAAACACACCAUCCGUUCAAAAAAUCGUUGACAAAAUAAUGUUGCGAUCUAACAUUUAUCGCAGGCUUAACGAAAAAAAAAUUUUGACGUUUAUACUACUGAGAGAAAUACAAAUGAAUACACUUAUAUGUAACAAGUGGAAUACUCCUGCGAGCGAAUGUUUGCUAGUUCAUAUUAUAAAUAUAAAUAAAUAAAACAUAAAUAUUACAACAUUCGUAAAAGUUGGGUCAGUGAUGCUUGUGAUCUAAUUGCUCUUAUAUGCGGGUCUAUUAUGACAAUUUUCAUGAACGAGCAAUUUCAUGCUUCAUAUUAUUUUUAUUAUAAAUUUUAUCAUUAUUACUAUUAUUGUUGGUUGAAUUCUUGUGAGAGAGAAAAUUCAUAUAUUCACGCACUCGAGUGCAAUCCGGCUAUUUAUUUGAAAGAGGAUUUUUUAACUACGAAGUUUGUGAAAGCGAAGAUAAAAAUAAAAGAACAAAAUUUGUAACACCGAGUCAUGAUCACAGGAUUUUUUAACGAGUCUACGAGUUUCACUGUUUCAAGACGUUACUUUUGUAAACGGGGCGCGUAUUUAUAGUCGUUGUGAACGAACUCGUCCGUACUAAUCUUAAAAAACGAUUUCCACCGUAAGUUUAUAUAUAAAUAUUUUUAUUUAUAUAUGUACGCGAGCGCUGGUUAGUGACAGAAAUUCUUAAUGAAAAUCAUUAUUCUUUUCUUUCGAUCAAAUAAUGAACAAACUUCGUUUAUAAAAAUAUUUGUUAAUGUAUCAGCAAGACGUAAAUUUGUGCUUGGCGUGCUUCGAUGUUAAUGAAAAAAUGUUAUUUGAAGGAAAACACGUGGGAGAUAAAUAAAAGAAAAUUAGAAUUAUUAUUAUUUUUUUUCGUAGAUGCCAGAAUAGAAGACUGUGAAUGAAACUUAUUUCGAAAUAUACUCACUGUGAUAGUGAAUACAAAACAGAACAAAAAUUAUUAAAAUUCAAACGAUAUUAAAAGCAACGUUUGCAAAUA